GUCGCUUCAAACUCCGGGCGACCCAAGGAUGCGCCGUCGGAAUGAACGCGGCUGACGACCGCCGCCGCAGCAGACGACGCAGCAAGCAGACGACACGUCACGCACAGCAGCAGCAGGUAACGGUGGCCUGUCAGUCACGAGGGAGGGAGUGCCGCCGUGAGUCCGCGGUUUUUGUACUACGCACGGCGUCUUUGCGAGGCGCCCCGCCUCGACGACGAUGAUGAUGCCCGAGACCUCUCUCCUUGCUCCAGUUGUGUAACGUCUCCGAGGCCAUCAGCCGCGCAAGUGUUCGUAAGGUGCCUCCUUCCCUGGCGGAUAUGAUCGUGGAGUGUGCGUGAAAAGUGGGUCAUCUGCUGCGCAGAAAGCUGGUCAAGUGUGCGACCGAUUGGAUUACCGAGAAGACGCCAUCAUCUGCCUUUGUUGGCCGCGCAAGAAGAUGGUCAAGUGGCUGCUGCUGCUGCCGCCCCUGCUGCUGCUGCCGCACGUGGUGAGCGAUCCGUCGCUGGAGCUGGCCAAGGCGCGCCUGCUCCAGGCACUCGGCCUGGAGUCGGCCCCGCACCGAGGCGGCUCCAGGCUGCCCGUUGUGCCGGACCACAUGGCCAAGCUGUUCUCCAAGUGGCGAGACAACGAGGGGGCCUUCCUCACUACCGGCGGCUCCGCCGACACCGUGCGCAGCCACACGCCGUGGGGCCCCGACCGCGAGGCGCAGACCGGGGGAGCGCGCUUCCGCUUCAACGUGAGCGGUGACCCGGACGAGAGCCUGCUAGGAGCCGAGCUGCGCCUCUUCCGGCUCCCGUCCGACCCCACGCAGUGUCCCGGCGGCGCCACGCCCGUAGAGCUGGUCCGCGUCUACGAGGUCCUCCGGCCGGCCACGCGCAAACUGGGCGAGGCGCAUCUCCGGCUCCUGGACACGCGCGCCACCUCUUCCAAGGGAUGGCUCGCCCUGGACGUCCUUCCGGCGGUGCGCCGUUGGCUGGUCGGAGAGGCCAACCAUGGCCUCUACGUGCAAGUCGUCGACGCCCGGACGGGCGCUUCCAACUCCAGCAGGGUUCUGCUGCGGCGCGAGCGGCACAGCGAGCGCUAUUGGGCUCCGAGGCAGCCGGUGUUGGUCACCUACUCGGCCGACGGCAAGAGCGCGCCAAAAAGGGUCCGGCGCGCAGCACGGCGCCGCAAGCAGCAGCCGGGCAAGCAGGGGCGCGACGCCUGUCGCCGCCACUCCCUGCGCAUCGAGUUCAGCCACGUUGGCUGGAACGACUGGAUCGUGGCGCCGCCCAGCUACGAGGCGUACUACUGCCACGGCACGUGCCCGUUCCCGAUGCCCGAUCACCUGAACAGCACCAACCACGCGAUCGUCCAGUCGCUGGUCAACUCGAUGAGCGCCCGCACCGUACCCGGCGCGUGCUGCGUGCCCACCGACCUGUCGCCCGUGUCGCUGCUCUACGUCGACGCGUUCGAGCGCGUCGUCCUCAAGAACUACCAGGACAUGGUUGUCGAGGGAUGCGGCUGCAGGUGAUCGCCAGUUCUCCCAGUGGCAUUUGAAUCUCAGCGGUGGUGCGAGCGAGUGGACCUUCGGGCUGGAAACCUAGUCGACACCGCCUUGUGACGACACACUAACGAGUGCGGAAGCCCGUGCCAUGGCUACUCAUUAAGACUUCCAGUGAAAUAUCCUUGAAAGACAAUUUACUGAGCGGGAUAAAUGGCCUCAGGUUCAUCUGUUGCACGAUGAGGUAUACACAUACAGAUGCAUCUGGUGAAUGACCAGACUGCCGGCUUGUCAAGCACUAGUUUUCUCGGCAUAAACGGCACCGUGCCUAGCCAUUUGAUGCCUCGUGUGUCACAUCUGCGGUGAACAUGUUCCAAUAAGCAUAGAAUGCGAAAAGGUCAAUUUGCACUUUAUGGUACGCCAGAUGGUGAAUACAGCCACUACUAUACAUCCCUGAUAGUGUGAGGAUGGUAAGCAUUUUUAAUUAUGUGAUGUACACACUUCAGUGAAGCUGCUUCCGAGUGUCUGACCAAGUAGCAGCAUUUUCAUUUUCCAAGCGUCGAUAAAAAGAACAACUCAUUUAUGGCAUUCUGCUCACUGUUUGCUGCAUACUGCUUUGCAGAUUUUCUUUGUCAUUUUUCGUUUGUGCCAAAGCCUCGCAAUAAAAUGUUGUACCAUACUCUAACUGAAAGGAACAUUUUGCUAUUCGCCCCGAGAUUGGGCUAUAGGUGGCAGCGCUGUUGCCGCGUUAGUGUGGAUAGGCGGUUGGCGACGCGAAUACAAUGUACACAGCGGUGCUGCUUUGUGAGCAAUUUGGGCAUCUGUCGGCGAAUAAAGCUCGUUGGCUUCAGCCUACUGGUAA